GUCACAGAGAGAUCACCCAGCCACCGGUCUUCCUCACCGACCCCUCUCCCGAUCGCUGGCGGGGGGUGGUGGGAUGGCGCUCCCGCCCAGCGAGAUGCCUCCGAGCUUGGAAGUACAGAGCUCAGAGUACUCGGAGUAUGCAGAGUACUCGCCCAGCAACUUGGAACUUUUGAAGGCCAUUCGGAAGUCUCAUGAUUCGGUGGCCGAUCAGCUCCGGACGCUGAGCAAGAGUGUGCAGCAACUGCAGGGUUUCCACCGAAAGACCUCCAUCUCCUCCAACGACUCCGUGGCUUCAGCCGCACAGUCCACCUCUGUCAGGAAGUUCCAGGCCAACGAGAGUGUUGCAAUGAAAGCCUUGCAAAUGGACAUCUCCAGCCUGGUGCCCUUUUCCAUGCCUGGCACCGGUGGGGUCCCGGGCUCCUUCGGCCCCUCGACCGCCAGCCUGUACAAGAAGGCCAAGACGCUCCCGAAAGAACGCCUGAGGGAAGACUUGGAGGAUGCUUCAGUGCGAGUGCUUCCGUGCCCCGAGAAGCUGGGGAAGCCGGAGCUGAAGACGCUGCCGCUGCCGUCCGCAAGUGCGGCAUCGGCCGGCAACGCCUCGGACUGCCCGACGAUGCUGCCCGCACCGUCCGAGACGACGGCUGCUCCGCCGCGUCGCCGCUCAGCUUCGGUGGAGAUGCAGAGGGAUUCGGGCGAGUGCCGCGCAGUGCACGUGAAGAAAGCGAGUUCUCAUCCGGAUCCAAUCUGCGAUGGUGGCGUGUGGCGCAAAACGAUGUCGGUUUCCAGUGCAGUAAACCGAUCUGGGCGCACCAGUGUGGAGUUGCAGCAGAUUGUGUCCAAGGCCAAUCUCACUGAAGUCUUCAAGGUGCGGGAGUUGGAGCUCACAGCUCAGGAAGGUCGAAACCGCUUGACGGUGGCAGAGGCCGUGGAAGAGAUGAGCAACGAAGAUGAGGAGAAGAUGUCAAGAGAGGUUCUCAGAGAGGUCGUCCAGUCUUCAGACUCUUCAGUCUGGUUGAAGCUAAGUCCGCUCAACACCUUUGUUUCGCAUUACUUGUCGAAGGCAUUGGGAUUGAUGCCCAUCUGGCAGAGCAUUGGCAGGAGUUCUGACAAGUCCUGUAUGCACCGAUGUCUGGACUGGAUGUCGCGCAUCUAUCAUUUGCUCGCGAUUCUAUACCUGCUGACUGGUACAAUACCCUUUGGCUAUUUUCUGCAAAGAUGCUAUGAAGCUCCCAAUGAUGAAGAUUGUCGUUAUCCCCUUAGUCCUUUGGCCACAGACCUCUUCCUUCAUGUCGGUGCCAGCCUCGUGCUUCUGAGCUUGGGCGGGUUUUGGAACUACCAGGACAAAGCCAGGCUUGUGGCGCAAAGUGCAGAGGAGCUCUCUUCCUAUUGCGAGCAGAACUUCUUGGACACAGCAUGGAAGAUCUGGACGUGUUCCGACGCGUUGAUGGCCAUCUUGCUCUGGUUGGCCCUCUUGUUCGCUCGCUUUGGCAUUGCUGCGUGGCAUGCCUGGGAAGAUCAAGAAUGGAUCAAUAUUCAGGCAGUGGCUUUUGGGUUGAGAUACAUGGUUGCCACCGGGGUGCUGGUGAUGGCUUGCUUUUGGCAAGUGCGCACCAGUCACGCCAUGCUUCUCAUCGUGAACGCCUGGAGUGCCUCCUUGUCGCAAGGUGCCUCAUGUCUCGAAUCGAAGAACGACUGGCGCACCAUCAGCGGGCUCUUCCGGAAGACCUCGCGGACCUUCGAGUUGUGCUUUGCUGCUCUGGGGCUCAUCGUGGUGAUGGUGGCUUUCGCAUAUCUCUAUGACCUCCAGCAGGGAAAGGGGCUGGAAGCGAUGGCCUCCUUGUCGGUGGUGGUGUUGAUCCCAGGUGUCCUUUGGACUCAUGCUUCCACCACCACCGCAUGCAACCGAUUGCCUUCGUUGGUGACCUUGUUUGAAGUGGAGGACGAGCAGGAAGAUGAGGAGUACAUGGGUUUGGCACUUUUCCUGUCAUUGAGUGAGUGUGGUUUUUUCGUUUGGGAUACUUGCAUCACUGUGGGCAUAGUGCAGAAAUUUUUGUACUUUACAGCAGCCAUGGCCGGAACAGUCGGCUUUCAAUCUGGAGCCCUGAAUUUCCAGAAUUGAUCCACUUUCUGAGCCAAUUCAGGCACUCAACCUGUUUGGGGUGCACUAUAUCCCGACCUCGAAAGUUUUCUGCGGCUUUAUUUUCCAGGCAAAGCCGAUUUUUCACAGUGGGGGUGGCUGGUGCCGAACUGCAGCAAAUUGUAGGUGAGGG